UAAAAAAACACACACCCACACUUACUAUGUCUUGUUUUAAGCGCGAGAAGAGCCUGACGUGCUCGACCCGUCGCACCAAGUGGACUGAUCGGGAUCCUCUGGCGCCGAAGCCCGUCCAUCCGCAGGCCUUGCGGUUCCAUGGACUCUUCGGCAUGUCCUAUGUGCGUCAGCACGUGAUGGUGGACGAUCGUUGGACGCCGGGGUCGUUGACCGAGGAAUAUGGUGGCAUGGUCGAUUUGCUAGCGCGUCGUGCCGAGUUUAAGCAGCACGAGACGAAAGCAAAUCGUCAGCGCUACGUUUUGGAGAGUAAACGCCUCAAGAUACAGUGCCGCGAUGGUCGGAUCAAGCUGCAGAAUAUCCGGGUCGGGGACUGCACCCACAAGAUUCGCAAUUUGCUGGACCGCCACAAGGACAUGCAGCGCCUAUACCAGAGAAUGCCCGUAGAUCAGGUGGUGGACAACAUCAACCAGCGCACCUUCGUCAUGCGCAAGGAGCGCGAUCGCCUGGAGUGUCGACUGGGCCAGCUGAAGAAGGAAUACAAGCAGAAACUACUGAAUCGCGCCUUGCUAGAGAAUCGCAUCAAAUACCAGAACGAAUAUGUGAUUGACGAGGAGGUCAAGUCACGCGACUUCAUCAAAAAGAUCGAGAACUCGAAUGUGCGCCUAAAGGCCGUUAAGGCCAUCAAUAGCACAUACCUGAAGAUGAUACAGGUGCUCCGGCACGAUGCCAUAUUCUACGAGCCCAUACUGCGAUCCCUCAACGGCGACAUGGAGGACCAGUCAAAUUUCAUAAAGCACAUACUCUACUUGGGAAUGCCGGCUAUAGCCAAAUUUAAGGAACUCAAUCAGGAGUACCGCCAGCUGGAGGAUAAGUCGCGGAAGAACGUGCAGGAGAAACUGCAAAUGAUAGCCUCCCUUAUGAGCAUUCGACCCACCACCCCCGUCGUGUUGACAUCGCAUGCCAGGCCCAAGGUGGAGAUUCCACCCAGCGCCAAUCCCAAGCGUUUCAUGAGGGAGACGCGCAGCAUGGUGGUGCUGAAGCUGGUACUGAAAUCCGUCGAGAAGACCAUCGAGGAAAUCAAGUUUGUGACCCUGUGCUCCCAGGCCAGGGAAAUCUAUCCGCGCAUGAAGUGCCAGGUGGACAACAAUGAUAAGCUGCAUCGGAUUAUCGAGUGCGAUAUGUUGGCCCACGAGAUGCUCGAGACCAAGAUGAAGUGCGCCAAUGUGUUGAAGGGCGUGCUCAUGAACAAUUUAUCUGAGGAGGAAAUUAACCGCAUGGAGCUCUUGAAGGACUUGCGCAAAACUUACGCCGAAGAAUUGGUGAAAGAGCAGGAGAUGCUAGGAUAUCUGAAGAAUCGGGGCGAUGCAUUUGUCAUGUUGCGCGUCAGCAUUUGGAAUAUGAUUGAGAUCCUGCGACACGUGGAUCGCCAGCCAAAGCUGUUGCGUUCCCAGUAUCCGAAUUCGUACUUGAAAUUGCCGCUUCUGAAAUUCGAAAUGCUCAAUGUUCGCUCAGCGGCGCCAGAGAUUUACGAGGAGAACAUCGAUGUUGUGAUGCACCUCCUGAAGCGCAAACUGUAUAAGCUGAUGAAAUCUUAUCUGAUGGAAAUGAAACCGGCUCUGAUAGCUCGCAACAGGGAGGAGUAUCACGCCGAUUUCCUGGCUAGCCACAACAUGUACGAGCAGGUAAAUGAGAAUGCGCAGCAGAUUGAGCCCCUUGAUGACAAUGAUAUGCUCGUCGAGAACAAGACGCAGGCCAAUGUGCCCUGCCGCAAGUACAUUAAGAUGCAGAGCGCCAAGUUCCUGGAGGAGCUGGCCAAGCGCGACUAAUAGAGCUCGCACACUUCUCUCGCUAUUUAUUUUAUUUAACACAAAUUUUAAGUUUCUGGCCCUAUUUGGAGAUAAGUUGCCCAAAAUUUCUUACAGUGGCGCAUACACUUUUAGCUGCAGUGGAAUGCAAUGAAUUUCGUUCAUAAUAAAGAGCAACGUAGAGAA